GUCACUCUGUCCUCCAUAGAAGGUAUCGAUAGUCAAAACUCAAUAAAUACCAAAUAAUCUACACUUCAUAUCACUCACUCCGCCUAAUAGUUUAAAAGCCCUUCAUUUCUCAAUUCCUUCUAGGUUUUGGGUCGUGCAGCUGCUCUUUCUACCACCAUUUCCUGUUUUGGGCGAAUCCCGAUAAGUGGGUGAGACUUUUUUUAGGUGAUUGGUGACUGUUUUGAGUGGACGUUAUGGCCGGGAAUCGAGGAGAGGGAAGCUCAUCUGGGAUCAAGUUCGAUGAAGGGGGUGGAUUUAGUUUUGAUUGGGAAGAAGAGGAGCUUGAUGAAAAUGCUGAUUUGUUGCCUUCGGAUCCGUUUAAUAUGGAAUGUAGGAACCAAAGGACGGGUUUUUCAACCAUGACCAGUUGGUUAGAGGAUUUUGGGUUUAAGAUAGAUGAGAAUGAGGUUGCGAAACUUGAUUCUUUCUUGAUUCGCAAGAUGGGAAUUGAUCAGGGUGCGGGUUUCCAGUUGAUUGAUGGAAAUUGUGUGCCGUUCGGGAUGAUUUUCAGAGAGGGGUUGAACGGUGGUCAUGGUCUGAUGGAUGGUGAUACAACAGAUAAUGAUCAAGGGAGGAUUAAUGAUCAUUGUGGUGUGGAUGGAGGUAAUCCACCGCAGGCGUUGUUGCUGUCCCUUGGUUAUUUAGGCUUGGGGGACCUAUUUGUAGUUGAAAGAGUAAGCAAGCCUUUACGGGAUGCUGUUGUAGGAGAUCCACUUUUAUGGAAAAAUAUUAACAUAACUCAUCCAUUUUGUACUAAUAUCACAAAUGAUAUCCUUAUAAACUUAACGAAUAGAGCUCAAGGCCAUCUUCAUUCUCUCAGUCUAUUUCACUGCUCAAAGCUCACUGAUGCUGGUUUGAAGCAUGUACUUGAUAGGAAUCCCAACCUGUCAAAGUUAAAUGUCCAAGGAUGUGCGAGACUCACAGCAGAUGGUAUGCUCUCUAACUUAAAAGUCUGGAAGACUGCUGGAAAAACGAGACUUAAAUAUUUAGGGAUUUAUGGAUUGUCUGGCUUGACAGACAAGCACAUGGAUGAGUUCAAGCUCUUAACAGGUGUAGAUAAUAGCAAGCUGCCAACUACUCGUAAGCCACGAUUUUUUGGUGGUGGCCGGUCGCGUGUCACUUUUGAUGAUGACCGUGCUAUUGACGUUGAAGUUUGCCCGAUAUGCCAGAGGUUUGAACUAGUUUAUGAUUGCACUUCGGAGAGUUGCCAAAAGAAGCAAUCUUCCUCUCAGUUGUGCAGGGGUUGUGUUAAAUGCAUUAAGCGUUGUUUCGAUUGUGGAUGCUGCUUAAUUAAUUGCGAUUACGUGGAGCUGUUCCAUUUCGAGUCGCUUUGUUUAGAUUGCCCGAUAAAUCCCUUGGGUUCGCAAAAGGGGGAGCAGAAAACCGCCCCUUUGUCUGAAACCACUGUUGGUCACUAGGAGGAGGGUUACCAUUUUUACCUCUAUGGCUUGGAUGCAUAAUGCUUGUUGCUUUUCUUGGCUGUAGGAAAGCUUUGGGAUCACAUAAUGCUUUCGCGCAUCAGAUUUGAAAUGGAAGUCCUUUGUCUAUGUUGAAGAAAUUGGAGUCUGCGUAGUGUCGAACAUGGCAGGCCAAAAGCUGAUCUUCUGCAUGGAUAAGCUUAUGUAUGCUAUGUCAUGACUGUGUUAAGUAAAACUUCUGUCGAGUAACCCUUGUGUUGUAUGCAUGCUGGGUCAUGAUUAUGUUGAGUAACCCUAAUAUUGUAUGCAUGAUAUGUCAUGAUUCUGUUAAGUUACCCUUAUGCUGUAUGCAUGAUGUGUCAUGAUUAUGUUUGAGUAACCCUUAUGUUGAAUGUAUGCUGUUUCAUGAUUUUGUUGCGUAACGAAGUAGAGUAAUGUCAUUCAAGAUGUUACACCA